UGGGAUUGUGGGUAAUAUUUAACGUCGACCUGAGCAGGGGGACCCCUUUAAGGAGUGCACACCUCUGCGUCACUUCCGUAAACAAGAAGCAGCUGGCUUACAUACUAACGCUGGUUCUUCUAACCAAUAUCUGAAUUAAAUGGGGUGAAAAUCAGAUCAGUCUGUCCAGCGCAAAGUGGACUUAUUUUUAUCCAUAUCCAAAUCAAAUAGAUCUUGAGCUGUUAAAAUAGCUGUAUAUAUAUAUAGAAUAGGUUGAUAGUAAAUGCCGAUACAAUGUAAUACGUUACUGCUAUAAAACAGCAUUAUCGUGUUUCUUAAAAUAAUCUAAUAAAUAACAAGAAAGCGGAGUAGUCGGCCUAGUUCGGUGGUUGUCCGCCUCAUCAGAGCUCUACGAGGGGUGUCUGCUCCAAGAUCUGGUCGGCCCCUCGUCCGCCGGGUCUCCUGACCCACCAGGCGCCCAGUGGGUCGUCUGUUUACUGGAGGAUGGGCAACACAGAGCAUGAUGUGACAGCUCGUUCUGAUGAUUCAUAUGGACCCAUCAUUAUCCAUGCUCAGUUAUAAUAAAAACACCCGCUAUCUUGGUAACGGUAGUGAUCAGGCAGGCCGCUGUGGUUCAGAGCUGUCGGUGUACAGCUAUGAAGAUGGAGGCGAUUGUUGAGAUUUAGCAAGGUCUCUUAUCAGCGCUGGUGUCGGUCUAAUUUAAAGUUCUGAUAGCAGCCAGUGUAGGACAGCGAUGGUUGUUUUAUCUGCUGCUUUAUGUUGUUAACUGUGAUAUGAUCUUAGUUCGCUGCUGGUCUUAGACGCCCGAUUAAAUGUAAAUAUGUUCGAACAAGACAUUUGUCCACACCUGGAUUCAAUAGGAGAGAUAACAAAGGACGAACUUCUUCAGAGAUCCCAGGGAACCUGCCAAUCAUGUGGAGCAGUAGGGCCAAACCUAUGGGCAUGUCUACAGAGCGACUGUCCGUACGUGGGUUGCGGGGAAUCCUACUGUGAUCACAGCACUCUACAUGCACAGGCCAAGAAGCACAACCUGACGGUCAACCUGACGACCUUCAGGGUGUGGUGCUAUGUGUGUGAGAGGGAGGUGUUUCUGGAGCAGAGGCCUGCCACGGGGCCUGCUGUACCGCAGCACUGUCGAUCCACAGAGCAGGUUGCAGCACCUCAUUCAGCAUGUCAGCAUUCGUUUAAAGCAGUGCCCAUCGCUUUGGCCGAAGACGAUGGCUCAGAGUCAGAAGAGGAUGAGCACAAACCCAGAGGAUUAACUGGAAUGAAAAAUAUAGGAAACUCCUGCUAUAUGAACGCUGCUCUUCAAGCAUUAUCCAACUGUCCUCCUCUCACGCAGUUCUUCCUGGACUGUAGCGGGCUCGUCCGAACCGACAAGAAGCCGGCUCUUUGUAAGAGCUACUACAAACUUAUCUCUGAACUCUGGCAUAAGAAACGACCCAGUUAUGUUGUCCCUACCAGUUUGUCCCAUGGCAUCAAACUGGUCAACCCAAUGUUCCGUGGUUAUGCCCAGCAGGACACCCAGGAGUUCCUGCGCUGCCUGAUGGACCAGCUCCACGAGGAGCUGAAGGAGCCUCUGUCCGAGAGCUGCGGGGCCCCCGACGAGGGGGGCGACGACCCCAGCGACCACAGGGACCCCGGCGGCGCCGAGCGCCCCCCGUCGGAGGACGAGUUCCUGUCCUGCGACUCGGGCUCCAGCAGCGACCGCGGCGAGGGCGGGAGCCCGGGGGCCCCGGACGACCCCGACGGCGGGCGGGCCCUGGCGGCGGGCGGGCCCAUCUCGGUGAAGGAGCGGCUGAAGGAGAGGAGGGUCUCCGGGGCCCCGCUGCGGGGGGGCUCCCAGGAGAUGGACGAGGACGCCGACGUGGACACGGCGGCGGAGCUGCGGCGGGAGGCCCUCGGGGCGCCGGCCCCCGAGGCAGGGCCCGGCGCCCAGGAGCCGGGGCCUUUUGGGACGGCCGAGGUCCCGAGCCAGGAGGACAGGCCGCCUGAGGGCAGCGCGGGGCAGACACACAGCAGCAGCACGGCAGCAGGCCGUCUCCCAGAGCCAAACAACGAGGCGUUGAUACCACAGAACCCGUCCCACCCCAGCAGCCCUGCACGCACCCUGCAGGACCUGCACCCCAAGGCGUCCUGCAGCCCCCCCUGCUCCAGCCCCCUCCACUCGGCCUACUCCUUCAAGAAAGCCCAGCUGCUGUUCGGCGGGAGGAAGAGGAAACAGUCCCGGUACCGCAGCGUCAUCUCCGACAUCUUCGACGGCUCCAUCCUCAGUCUGGUCCAGUGUCUGACGUGUGACAGGGUUUCAACAACGGUGGAAACAUUUCAGGACCUCUCCCUCCCCAUCCCGGGCAAAGAAGACCUGGCCAAGCUGCACUCCUCCAUCCACCAGAACCUCCCGGCCAAGCCCCAGGCCCUGUUCUCAGACGGCCCCCAGGGCUGGAUCCCCUUCAUCAUGGACUCCAUACGCAGGUUGGUGGUGUCCUGUACCCCCACCUGGUUCUGGGGGCCCCUGGUCACCCUGGAGGACUGCCUUGCAGCAUUCUUUGCUGCUGAUGAACUGAAAGGAGACAACAUGUACAGCUGUGAGAGAUGUAAAAAGUUGCGGAAUGGUGUGAAAUAUUGUAAAGUGCUUAGCCUACCAGAGAUCCUGUGCGUCCACCUGAAGCGCUUUCGACACGAGGUCAUGUAUUCCUUCAAGAUAGGCAGCCAUGUGGCCUUCCCCUUGGAGGGGCUGGACCUGCGCCCCUUCCUGGCUAAGGACAGCCCCUCCCAGAUCACCACCUACGACCUGCUGUCCGUCAUCUGUCACCAUGGCACCGCAGGAAGUGGACACUACAUAGCGUACUGUCAGAACGUGAUCAACGGCCAGUGGUACGAGUUUGACGACCAGUACGUGACGGAGGUCCAUGAGACAGUGGUGCAGUGCGCCGAGGCCUACGUGCUGUUCUACAGAAAGAGCAGUGAGGAGUCUCUACGGGAGAGGCAGAGGGUGGUGGCCCUGGCCAACAUGGAGGAGCCCAGCCUGCUGCACUUCUACAUCUCCAGGGAGUGGCUGAACAAGUUCAACACCUUCACCGAGCCGGGCCCUAUCAGCAACCACACCUUCCUCUGUCAGCACGGGGGAAUCCCACCUCAUAAGUACCAGUACAUUGACGACCUGGUAGUGAUGCUUCCCGAGAACGUGUGGGAGUACCUGUACAACAGCUUCGGAGGAGGCCCGGCCGUGAACCACCUCUACAUGUGUGCCAUCUGCCAGGUGGAGAUAGAAGCUCUGGCCAAACGCCGCAAAGUGGAAGUGGAGACGUUCAUCAAGCUCAACAAGGAGUUCCAGGCGGAGGAGGCACCCAGCGGGAUCCUGUGCAUCAGCAUGCAGUGGUUCAGGGAGUGGGAGAGCUUUGUGAAGGGCAAAGAUAACGAGCCUCCCGGCCCCAUCGACAACAGUAAGAUCGGCCUCAUGAAGGGAGGACACGUACAGCUCAAACAAGGUGCGGACUAUGGGCAGAUCUCUGAGGAGACCUGGCUGUACCUGUUGGGGCUCUAUGGCGGGGGGCCGGAGAUCGCCGUGAGGCAGACGGUGGCCCCCGUGGGUCAGGACAUGCAGCAGCGGGAGAGGAAGAUUGAGGCGGAGACCAGAUCUCUUUAAGGUAUGCUCUCUUCUCCUGGCCCUCACGCGGAGCUGACACAUCUGCACCCUGGCACAAAGCCAUGUCAGUGAGGUGGGAUCAACCAGAGUGCUGUCCUCCUCGCACAAAGCUGUGUCAGUGAGCACUUUGAAGCAUAGCGCCAAUCGUUGUAUUGUCCCAAGAAGGCAGAGCAAGAUACUGAAUGUCUUAUAUUGGAGUUAAGAAAGUGUGCAAUGUCAUUUCUCAUUUGACAAAUGUGAAAUAGCUAUGGUAGCUGUGGUGUUUGGCAGGCAGGAUAAUGUUCACUAGCCGACAGUCGAUGACUUCUAGGUCACACUCAUGGUGUCCGAUGAUACGACACAGUAUGCAACAUAAGCAUAGUACUUGUAACUUUGUUAGUUUACAUUAACUCAAUCAUUUAACCACCAUUAUCCACAAACCUCUGACCCCCAUGGACUGAAGGCCCCAGAGGGCAAGGUUGAACAUUAAAAAGGACCUUAAUAGGUCAAUGUUGGAGAUGCUUCUGGUACUACAGUUCCUUUUGUUUCAGUCUGAACUAAGGCUCUAUUGUUUGCUUGAACAAGAAAUAUAUUUGGACAAUUAUGCAAUGUCAAUAAGAUGGGACAAAAACAUAGUAACGAUAUUACAUUUGCGUGCAAGAUUAUUAGAUAGAUGAGAUAUAACAAGAUGCUAAUUGCAUGCAAGGUUAGAUUUAUUCUCCAGGAAGCAUAAAUUCCGGGGGUGACCCUGUACCCUGGUAAAUACUCAAUUAAUUAAGUAGUUUAAAUUAUAGUUAAUAAUAAUAACUAUUUGGAGAACAGGGUUAGAAAAACUGUAGACAAAAUAUUGUUACCGCUGUUCAUUCAAUCUGGACAUCUUCUGUCUUUCUUAAAGGGGACAUAUUAUGGCGUUUUCACAACACGUAAACAUAGUAUUUGAGUUCCAGAAAACAUGUUUUUGAAGCCGUUUGCUAGCUUUUACUCCUUUUAGGAAAAAAAAUCUCAGUCCCUUCAGAAUGCGCUGUUUCUGGUGUCUGUAGCUUUAAUGCAAAUGAGCUGCUGCCCUUUGACCAAUGAGCUGUCAGACUGAACCGCAGCAUGGAAAAGAAAGGGAUUGUUGCCGUUUGAGGACUCCUGGAGCUCUAUAUCUAUAUGAUAUAAUAAUAAUAAUAUUAUAUAUGGGUAUUUAUAUAAUAUUAUAUCUAAUAUCACGGCCAAAAGCUAUGUGCGCCUCGAAUGAAUCAUAAAGACUGCGUCUGACGUCUCUGGCACUUCCACAACAAUUAAAGACUCGUAGUGGGGGAUAUCUCGGCCAUGGUUGAGAAGAAUUGGGGGAAAGGGACUUUGGCCUUGACUCUCUGAAGUCCAUGAACUGCGACACGGAGGAGAAAGGGAUUGUACUCCAGGAGCUGAGCUGCCGGACUGCCGCCGAGAUCCCCAUGCCGGAGCUGCCGAACUGCUGCUUCGGCGGCAGUUCAGCUCCCGGAGUACACCGCCGGAGCUGCCGGACUGCUGCCGUCGAAGCCGUUCGGACAUCGGCGGCAGUCCGGCAGCUCCGGCGGUGUACUCCGGGAGCUGAUCUGCCGCCGAAGCUUUCCGGCUGCUCCGGCGGGUGUCCUCCGGGAGCUGAAAAGUCUGGCGGGUUCGCCGAGCUCCCCCCGCCGAAGCAACUCGUCCAUUGGUCCACAAAAUCUUAGCUAUGCUCUGAUUAGAGGGGAGUGGGGAAGUGGGAGGUAAUAUUCAACAGUGCCCCCUUCCUACGUAGGAGGGGGCGCCAAAACUUACUCGCUCGUUUGGUAAUUGUAGGCGGGUUACUUUCAGAAAUGCAUAACUCAAUCAAAAAAUCAUGUACAGACUUUUUUCAAAGUUUGUAUGCAUGAGCACCAAAGACCCAAAACAACACCCCAAAUCCCAGGAAAAGUGUUGUUUUCAUUAUAUGUCCCCUUUAACACAUUUGUUCGGUUUUAAAUAAUAACAUCAAAUCAUGUUUGUACAUAAGCUAUUGAUGCAUAUAAAAACCGAUAUUCUGACUUCCGUAAGCAAAUGGCUGUAAAAAAGAUUGUCAUUAUUUGAUGUUCUGUAAAUAAGGAAGAUGUAUUGUUUUACAUUUGAUUGAAAUGGUCUCUGUAAUUUAUUUGUUGUGACCAGAGCUCGAAUGCACACAGUCAGAGAUGGCUGGUGGGUCUUGAUGUUGAUGAGUAGUUUUUAAAGUGCACAAAAGUUAAGGUCUGAUCAUGUACAACAUGACAAUAGGGUCAGUUUCCAUUCAAAGUUGGUUCUGAUUGGUGAACUUGAUUCCACUUAUCUGAUCUCUGACAAGCAGAUAUUUAAGAUGCAUACAGAAUUAUGAAUAAAUGAUAAAUAGGAAAUGUGUUGUCUGAUUGGCAUAAUUCUUGACCUAUUAUUCUUCUCAUUAUUUUGGAUGACAUGGUUCCAAACAAAAUGGCAUUGUGUUUGAACCAACAUCUUGUAUGGUUAUGUUUUUCUCAAUGUGUCAGACUUGGUGUAUUCAUUUUAAAAGAUGUGAGAGGAAAUGAUCAAGCAUUUUGGAAGAACCACAAUUGCACAGCCAACACAUAGCUAUCAUCUUCAAAGUAAGCCCAUAGCAUUCAUUUCAGAGAUUUAAACCUGAUUCACAUUAAAGUAGUACAAUCUUUGAUAUGAGCUAUAAAACCCGUGAGGUAAGUGACUAAACCUACCCUGAAGAACAGCCAGGGAAGGAUUCUAGCUGGUUUUGCUUCAAUCCUUCAAGCAAUCAUGUUCAUAACUUUACACAGUGUUAUUCGAUGACAGAAGCUUAAGAGCUUAGCUGAGGUAGCUAAUCACAGAGUUUAUAAUCAGGGCGAUUAGUAGUACAAUGUUAUAUUGUAUUCCAAUAUAAAACGGACAAUGCCCUUGCUAUCCCAUACCACUUUGAUGAUCCAUUAUGCUUUAAUGAUACUAUAGGCUUCCUUUUCGUUGUAUACCAGCCUUUUAUCAUAAACAUGUUCCAGUGUCAUACACAUGAAGGAGUUGGGAA